AAAGACGUGGCGUGGCAUAGCUUGGCAUGGUAUGAAGUGACAGCAUGAACCGAAUAUCACUCGACGCGUUUAGUAAUGUACUUCGCAAGUACUUCAACACGGCUGAUGUCCUUCCGCGCAGAGUAGCCAUAGCUCUCUCAGGGGGUGCUGACUCCAUGCUCCUCACAUACUUGCUAACCCAGUACAAACACUUGCACUCUCCCCAUACCGAGAUAUACGCCAUAACUAUUGACCACAAGUAUCGGCCUGAGUCUACCGAUGAAACAAAACACAUCCGUGAUAUAGUCAAGCAAUGGGAUGUGCACCACGUAGUGAAAACGCUAAGCUAUGACCAAGAGGUCAGCUCAAUAGGGAACUUUGAAGAAGUGGCCAGACAUAAACGAUACCUCAAGUUUGAAAACGUGUGCAAGCUGAAGCAAAUAAGCGCAUUAUUCAUGGGCCAUCACUUGGAUGACCAACUCGAAACGUUUAUACAACGGCUCCAGGGAAACAGCUCCCUUUACGGUCUUGCUGGAACGAGAAAAAUUACCCGACUUCCAAGAAACGACUUGUCUCCCAUAGACAACCACCAUUCAGUUUUCGUAUACCGACCCUUCUGGCAGUUUGAAAAACGGGAUAUUGUAGACACCUGUCAGUUCAAUGGGGUGAGGUACUUUAACGACCCCACCAAUCAAGAUAUCGACUUGACCAGACGCAAUUACUUGCGCCAUUUAAUUGGUGAUGUGAUCCCCGCAAAGAUAACCAAACACUCUCAAUAUAGUUGCAUAUCCAAACAGGCACUCCGUGACAGCCAUGAACAGGUGUACAACUUGGCUGAAUCGUUUGAAGAAAAGGCAAACAACAUCAAGAAUAUGAUUGAGAAGAACGGCUGGAUAAGAACAAACGAUGCGAUGAGCUCACUCAAUGUGAAGAUCCCUCGAAGAUUGUUUGCCAAGCCUAAUGAGAUUGUGCUAGGGAAGUACUUUUACCAGAUCUUGUAUCCUUACUCUACCCUCAAGCAUUACCACUGGGCGUAUGCCAAAUUGGAACGACAAUUAGUACCGAAAAUACAAAGGUUCCUCGACACUGACGACACUACAUUCAAAACCACUAUGAUGAACCUUACGUUUGAUAUCAAUAUUAUAGAAGAAGACAUUCUUGACAUUGCCAUCAAGAGACAACCAAUAGUCACGGGUGAUGAUGUGAGUUUGCUGGUUGAUGUUACCGACAAAUGGAGCGAGUAUGUGCUCUUUGACAGAAGAUUCUGGGUCAGGUUCUGCAGUGCUGAAAACAUGCAAGUUAAGGUUAUUCCCUACAUGCACAAGAAAUGUAAGCCCCGGCUUGCGCAAGAUCUACUCAAAAGCAAGCAAGUGAACUCCAAACUAAACACAUUGCCUGCUGUAAUGUACCACCACGAAAUAAUAGCGUUUCCCAGUAUUGGGCUCGUCCUGGAGAAGUAUGACUCCUUCCGGAUGGAGUGCUCGUUGAAAGAAAACAAAUACGGACGAUUAGAGCAAGAGCUAUAGCAAGAACUAGAGCAAGAACUAGAGCAAGAACUAGAGCUAGAACUAGAGCUAGAUUAGAUAGACUUCAUGGACAUAGUUUAUACAAAUUAGCCAACCGUUUUGC